GCUAUCUCAGAUGGCGGUUUGCUUAGUUGUAAAUUACACGGUAGGGUAUUAGUAGGUCCUAAGACAACCUAUAAUGACCCUUGCUAAAUGGCUAAUGCUAUUCCAGUUCAAAGAAGACAGGUUAAUUAUAUAACUGUAUUAGGUAGACUGCAAUACUUAAUUAUAUAUUCGAUAUAAAAAAGAAGAUUAGUAAGUGCUAAUUGUAAUUAUUAGUUUUUAUGGUGCAUAAAGAGUACUCCAGUAAUAAUAAUUUAAACAUGGUCCACACAUGUAUACGCAUAUGCUUAAUCACAUUUUAAUGGGUAUUCUAAACAAAAAGACAAAUCCUUUAUCAUUUUAUAUUAAAUAGUGCACAUACAUACUCUGAUACUCCCAUCUCCCAUCUCCCAUCUCCCAAGUCCUAUGUAUGAAAUAGUGAAUCAAUGUACAAAACAAACCAAACACCAAAAAUGGAAUUGAAAUCCUCCAUGAAUGAAACAUGGAAGGUUUUCUCAGUAGGAAGCUUUGUUGGUUGCCUUGUCCUCCUCCUUAUCUUUGACAAAAGGCACGAAAACACAAGUCUUUUGGCUGCUAGAAAUGCUAUGCUACAAUUUGCUCCUUUCAAAUUAUUUGAUUCAUCAAAUUUGACCGUUAGUCCCUUAUUGGAGGCUUCAAAUACUAGUAUUUCUCCUCCAAGUUUGGCCAUGAAAGAUAUGGAGCUACAGAAAAACAAAAGGGAAAAGAAAUGCAACAUGUUUGAUGGGCGAUGGGUUUACAGUUCUGAAGAAACUCCUAGUUAUGAUUCUAUCAAAUGUCCGUUCUUGGAGGAGAAGAUGAGCUGCCGGAUGAACGGAAGACCAGAUUUUGAGUAUGAGAAAUGGAGAUGGGAACCUACAGAUUGUCGUAUACCAUUAUUCAAUGGAACAGACAUGCUGGAAAGGGUGAGAAAUAAAAGAAUGGUAAUAGCAGGUGAUUCACUCAACAGAAACAUGUGGGAGUCACUUGCUUGCCUUCUCUAUACUUCAAUCCCAUCCUCUGGAUUUGAAGUACAUGCCCAAAAGAUAGUUUAUAAACUUCUUAAAGCAAAGGAUUAUAAUUUCACAUUUGAGUUUUAUUGGACCCCAUUUCUAGUUGAUUUUGAUACAAACCAUAAAAGUGGAAAAGAUGUUGUUGUGCUUGAUAAGGUUUCACCCAAUUUUCACCAGUUGAAGGGUGCCGAUAUUAUGGUGUUCAACUCCGGCCACUGGUGGUCUCAUACCGGCAAAUUAAAGUCGUGGGAUUUGUUCGAGUACAAAGGUGAGUUAAUGGAGGAAAUGCCAAUGGAGCUAGCCUAUGAACGGGCCAUGAGAACAUGGGCAACAUGGAUGGAAAACAACGUUGAUAAAGAAAAAACAACAGUAUACUUCAGGAGUAUUUCAGCCGAGCACAAAACUCGACACAAUGAUCAAUGGUGCUACAAUGUAACAAAACCAAUGGCGGACGAGUCUUAUGUAUCGGUUUACCCCAAGUCACUAGUGGACAUUAUUGAGAGCACAGUUAAUGCGAUUAGUAAACCAAAAGUGAACUAUUUGAACAUCACUAAGCUCUCUGAGUAUCGAAUCGAUGCACAUCCAUCAGUAUAUAGGAGCAUGGAUUGGAAAAAUAUAACGCAAAAGAUCGAAAAUGUUUUGGGUUAUGCUGAUUGUAGUCAUUGGUGUCUCCCUGGAUUGCCAGAUACUUGGAAUAGAUUAUUGUAUGUGUCACUGUUCUUGGAUAACUCUAAUAUGCUUAGUUAGUUCUUCAAAUUAUCUUGAGUAUAGUUAAUACUUCCUA